AUGGACGCGAUGGUAGCGACCACUACACCCAUGACCGCCGUGUUGGAUUUCCAGUUUGAAGGGCGCGCUUAUGAGAGGAGGAAGCCGGUCACAGCAUGGAAAGCACAAAAACCCGAAAACCUCAAUAGAAGAUUCGCGUCAAGUAUAGCGGAAUCGGUCGAAGCGGACGAGAUCGAAGCGGAAGAUUUUGAGGCAGACGAUAUCGAGGCGGAUCUUGUGGCAUCUUCAUCUACCCAACGACCAAGAUUUCCCACACACAAACAAGCUGUUCGAUCAGCUCGACUAGCAGCAUUGCACGCUCGUCUUUCUCUACCUGCAAAGCUCCCUCUGCAGACGCUCGCGAGAUGUCUAGUCGAUCCUUCAGUAGACUCACGACCAGGUUAUAACAACAAACCAUUAGCUCUGCUCGGAUCGGAUUUCCUCGGAUAUGCCACAUCGGAAUACCUCAUUUGUCACUACCCUCGUCUACCAAUGCCAGUACUCUUCGCCGCACAAUACGCCUAUGUUGGACCUGCGACACUAGCGAGCUUACGUCAAGAAUGGGGUGUGGAUAUCGUGGCAGCUCCCGGUGACGAGGUUGAUGGAGGACUGCUGCAGUUUGAAAGAAUGGCGCCCGGGACGAAUUUGGCGGAGGAGAAUUCGAUGCUUCCGAAAUCCCGCAAGGAAGGCAAACAAGAAGGAUAUUCCGAGCGGAAUGAUCUCGCUCAAUUCCGUCGCGGCAUGAGCAGUCGAAUCGUAUAUGAUAACCAAUUCGGAGAUCUCCAACCCGGCCCAGAACAGAAAUUGCCGCCUCCCGGUGAAGGCGAUGACAGCAUGGUCGUUGUUCCGCAAGAUUUCAGCAGGCCAGGACAACCCACAACCGUUGAAGCAGCCAGUGCUUCCUUCGUUCGUGCGCUGGUGGGCGCCAUCUACCUUCACGCGGGUUCCAAAGCCGCCAAGGAUUUCCACCGCGACCACAUUCUCAGCCGGAAACUCGCCAUGGACAAACUCUUCUACUUUACACACCCGACCCGGGAUGUUUCCCGUUUAUGUGAUCGCGAGGGUUUCGAGCCGCCGGUCGCUCGACUGAUCAGCGAAACCGGUCGUCUGUCGAGGACUCCCGUCUUCAUCGUCGGUGUCUUCAGCGGAACCGACAAGCUCGGCGAAGGCGCCGGCGCCAGUCUCGACGAGGCUCGGAUCCGCGCUGCCGCAGCCACAUUGAGGAGCUGGUAUCUCUACAGUCCCCCAGCGGAGGAUAUCAUCCUGCCCAGCGAGAAGGAGAGUGGAGUCGCAGCAGGCAAGACGUGGCGGCCACACAUGGUGGAUCCGGGAGAGAUUAUUGUCUGA